AUGUCUUCCUCUCAAUUAUUCUUAGUGUUUCUCCUCGGAGUUGCACUCUUUGCCACUCAAUCAACUCUCGCCGAUUACUCUAAGCCUCCAGUUUACCCACCAAAGACUCCCAUCUACAAGCCUCAUCCUCCUCCCGUGGAGAAGCCCACUAAGCCACCACCUACCCCGGUCUACGUGAAGCCAAAGCCACCACCGACCCCGGUGUAUGUGAAGCCUAAGCCACCACCAACCCCGGUGUAUGUCAAGCCUAAGCCACCACCAACCCCGGUGUAUGUUAAGCCUAAGCCACCACCGACCCCGGUGUAUGUUAAGCCUAAGCCACCACCGACUCCAGUUUACGUGAAGCCUAAGCCACCACCGACCCCAGUUUACGUGAAGCCUCCUCCUAUGGAGAAGCCUAAGCCACCACCGAGUUACGGUCGCAACCCCGGACACCCUCCGCACAACAAAGAAGAAGGAAAAGUUUUGUGCGGCUGGGUUCCCCAUCUCACCAGCGGUGCAGUUGUUCUAGGUGGUUAUGGUGCUCGGCAACAGCUUUGCUGUAGGUCGGCCACAGUUUUCAACGCCUGGACAAUCUCGGCCAAGGUUCUCGGCGGCACUACAGGUGGUUCUCGAAGCUGCAAGAGGUCUCGACGCUGCAGGUAUUUUCGGCCACGACGGCAGUGGCAACAGAGGUCUCAGUGGAAUUUGAGAACCCACCAAAAUCCAGAAUAUAGCUUUUUGUUUGCAAAAGAUUUGAAGUGGGGGCAUUACAUUUGGUCCACUAAAGUUUAA